GCCACCUGACUUUGCAGCAGAAAGGCGAGGCCGGGGCCUCCUCGGGCGGCGUUCGCGCAUAUGCCCCUCCCGCGCCUCCUCCGCCUGCGCGCCUCGAGCCCCCUCGCGGCGGGGGCGGGCCCACGAGCGGCCCGCCGGAGGUGCUGCCCGCAGCCGCGGAGCUCUCAGAGGUCGGCGCAGGUUAGUCACCGUCGGUGCUGCUCGGCUCUCCGCGCCCAAACCCUGACGGCCCUGGGGAUGGCCGACCUGAGUGCGUCGUUCUCGGAGGUGGACACGGUGGUCUCGCUGUGCUGCCCCUGGUCGGCCAGGAUGCAGCUCGAUGCCCACCGCUUUGGCAGCGGGUCUACCACGGCCAGCUGCAACGGCGGGAGCCUGCCCCUCUCCGACUUCUCCGAGGCCGUGGGCGGCGACCCGGCCGAGAAGUGCUGCGGGCCCCUCGCCGAGGCCUCCAGCGCGCGGGGCCGAGUCGCGCCCGAGGCGGCCGCGGGCGUGGUCCAGGGCCGCCGCGGGCGCGUCGCGCAGCGGCGGGCCCUCGUCUUUGGACGCCCGAAGGCGCAGCCUGGCAGCGCGGGCGCGUGGUCCGAGCACCUCUGCGGCCUCUGGUCGACGCGAGGAAAAACAAACAAAAAAAAAAAAAAAAAAACCUCUGCGGCCUCUGCAGCAGCGACUGCAGGGAGUGCGGGGCGGCGCGCGCGGCGGCCGCGCCUCCUCGCGGCCGCGAAGCGCUCGGGCCGAGGAGGCUGGGCGGCCCGCUGUGCGAGGGCGUCGUCGACCACUCGGGCCCUGGCGGAGGGGCAGGGCACGGAAUGGGGCGCGAGUGAACGGCGGGGCGACACAUGAGGGGGGGGGCUCCAGGGUCACUGCGCCAGCACGCGGGGGCAGCAGGCUUGCGCCGCGGGCGGAAGCGCACCGCCGUAUCCGCGGCCUCGCGGGCAGUGCCACCGGACCGCGACCCCGCGGCUGCGUGGCGUUUCCUUUCGCGGAUGCCUCUCGCAGACUCGUGACUUCGGUCGCCGCUCGUGACUCGUGACUCGUGACUUCGGAUGCCUUUGACGGGCACCACUCGUGACUUCGGUCGCCCGUGCCUGCAAUUGCUCCCAGCGGUGAUAGCAAGGAGGGUGAGGGGCAGGAUUCGAGGGCAUAUUAUUGUGCUCGAUGCGGGUGGUUUGGUCGAGACAAGAUCUUGACACUGUCCGAAGUGCGCCUGGAAGGCCCCCCCAAAACAAGGACACCGCUCGAUGUUAGAGCCUUUUUGUUUAGAGGGAUCGGCCCCAGCACGAAGAAGCAUUUCGGCCACGGCUCUCCUGUCAAGAGGAGGCACUGAGCUGUGCUUGUCCGAUUUUCGACCCGCCGAGCGCGCUCGCGCUCUUUCUCUGCCGCGGGCUCCACACCUUGAGAUCAUGAUGAAAGGCUGAGAGGCUGAAAGGAGUACGAAUCUCAUUUAGAAUUCGAGGGCAUAUCAUUGUACUCGAUGCGGGUGAUUUGGUCGAGACAAGAUCUUGACACUGUCCGAAGUGCGCCUGGAAGGCCCCCCCAAAACAAGGACACCGCUUGAUGCUAGAGCCUUUUUGUUUAGAGGGAUCGGCCCCAGCACGAAGAAGCAUUUCGGCCACGGCUCUCCGGUCAAGAGGAGGCGUUGAGCUGUGCUUGUCUGAUUUUCGACCCGCCGAGCGCGCUCGCGCUCUUUCUCUGCCGCGGGCUCCACACCUUGAGAUCAUGGUGAAAGGCUGAGAGAGUUUCCCUUGUGGAGCUGCAAGUGUAGAACGGCACAGACCCGCCUGCGUCGCCCUCUUGGCGGGGCUCUCCCGGGCCAUGGGUUUCUCGGGCCGCGCUUCUGCGCGCGCCCCCGCUGCUCCUGCCCCUGGGCGCUUCUCCUGCUCGGCUGCGCCAGAGCCGGCUCCCGGAGGCCCGGACCGACCCUGGAGCACAGCCCGGUCAUCCAGCACCAAGCGCCAAAGAUCUGGAACACUGAGCUUCAGACCCCAUGGCCUCCGAUGGUGAGCCUGACGUGAGCCCGACGAGCGCACGGCAGGUGCAGACAUGCCCAGCCGGCCGCAGAGGCGGCUUGAGCGUGUCGUUUUAAGCUGGGAGCGGUGCAGCCGCCCUCCGCCUGCUCCACCCUUUCGUUCCCCUAUCCUCCCCGAUCUCCCUCCUGUCCCUCCUCUUGUCAUGGCUGUCAGCAUUUACUCGAGAGAACUGAGGGUUCGAAGGGCCUGGAACCCUCCAACUCGUGCCUCAGGCCACGGAAGGACAGCAACUGAGUGGCCGGCUGUGUUUCCAGGAUAGUUUCGACCAAAAAGGCUCGUGAGAGGUUUAUUUGUAAAGCCGACUGUGGCUCCAGGCUACCUUUCAUCUCGCUCGCGCGCCAAGGUGCGUCACGACGUUUUGCGUAUGUUUGUUCUCCCUCUUGCGCUGCUGAACAAGAUUUACUGGAACCGCCGGUGGUUUGAGGUGCAUCAUGCUGCAAUUCGCAAUCCGUUUGUCGUCGUCGCCAAUUUUAUUCGCUUCGGCUGAGGCUCAUUGCCGCCAGCAUGGGUCACGACAGGAGCCUUGCGAAUCUUCUAGCUGCAAUGCCGCGCCUCUGUGUGUAGCAGUGGCGUCGCAAAGCACCGAGCGUGACAAGGUAGCUUUGCUCAGGUGUUUGCCGUAUCGUCCCCGUGUUUCGUCGUUCCUGAGGCAUGCUCCAGAAACCUCGAGACCCUUUAUGUUGGCUCUCGUUAGGAGAGCCCUUCGCCGCAGCUUUCCGCACGCUCUUUCUUGUACAGUGCUGGCUCGGUAGUGUUGCAUCCAGUUACUUAGUUUCUGUGCACUUGCAAUGCUCCGAGGCAUAUACAAGGCAUACCUCUCAUAUCUAGCCAUAAAUAU